AUGGGUAGUGCAUUUAAUCCACAAAUUUUGGUGGAGAAGCUGACUAAGCUCAACAAUUCACAGCAAAGCAUUGAGACUCUGUCACAUUGGUGUAUAUUUCAUAUGAACAAGGCAAAACAAGUAGUGGAAACAUGGGCAAGACAAUUCCAUAGCUCUCCACGUGAUCAACGCCUGGCUUUUCUGUAUCUUGCAAAUGAUAUUUUACAAAAUAGCAGGAAAAAAGGUUCUGAAUUUGUUGGUGAAUUCUGGAAGGUUCUUCCAGAUGCACUACGUGAUGUCAUCGACAAUGGGGACGAAUUUGGAAGAAAUUCUGCUUUACGCCUCGUCACUAUUUUGGAUGAAAGAAAGGUUUUUGGUUCACGAGGGCAAGUUCUUAAGGAAGAGCUUGUCAAAAGGCAUAUGGAAACUAGUAAUAGGAAUGGGAAGCAUUCAGGGUUAAAAUUGAAACAGCCAGCUGGCAGUGGCAAUGCAGUGGACAAGAUAGUUUCAGGGUAUCAAGUGAUAUAUGGUAGUCAGGUCAAUGAAGAUGCAGUCAUCAGCAAAUGCAAAAAUGCCAUUAAUUGUGUUGAAAAAGUGGAAAAGGAAAUUGGUGGGGAUAUUAGAUCUGUAAAUGGGACAGGUGUCACAGAUGAGCUCAAGGGGCAGCAUGCUACAUUGAGGGAUUGUAUUGAGCAACUUACAGUUAUUGAAUCAUCAAGAACAAAUCUUGUGUCUUAUUUGAGGGAAGCUCUUCAAGAUCAGGAAAUGAAGCUGGACAAAGUCCGAAGUCAGCUUCAGGCUGCACAUUCUCAAGCAGAAAAGGCUGAUAAUUAUUGUAGGCAAUUGCUUAACCCUAAUGGCAGACAACCGCCACCUGUUCCGGUGACCGGAGAACAGUCUGCUCCGGUGAUGUACACACAACAACCACCUUUCACCGACCAAUCCGAGGACACCAAAUCUGCCGCCGCUGCAGUGGCGGCAAAGCUCACGGCAUCAACAUCAUCCGCCGAGAUGCUGACUUACGUCCUCUCGUCCCUGGCUUCCGAGGGCGUUAUUGGAAAUUCACCCUCAAAUGACUACCCUUUGCAGAAGAGAACCAAGAUAAAUAACAGUGAACCACCAGCUCCACCCUUCCAGUAUCCAGACCAACAACCGCCUCCACCAUCAUCUCCGCCACCGCCAAUGCCGCCAUAUCCAGCUCCGGUGUACAUGGUGUCGGCUGGGACAGUAACAUAUGGCCAUACCAUGAACCAACCGCCACCACCACAACCUAUGGCUGGGCCGCCAGUGAAUGGUGUUUCUUUGUAUACACCGGGAAUUGUUCCAGAUGGUUACCAGAAUUAUCAAAUGGAAGUUCACAUACAGCUGCUGAUCGAUUCUUUCACUACAAUUCAAAGGUUUUUGAUAACAUAUAUUAGUGAUUUGUGGAAAAGGUGUGAUCCUAGGGCUUCAUAUAAGGUGUGA